ACUAACUGUGUGUAUGUAUACAUGGUCAGCUCUGAGAAGUGACUGCGACUCCCCCGUUCUUUAACGUUGGGUUGGCCUUGCACUUUGGAACUAUAUCCUCAAAACAUACAUCCCGACUAGUAGUACAAAGCUUUGUACCAUCACAAAGUCCAACACUAUGUAUGGAUGUGUUGAGACGAAUAGAGAAGGAGGUGGAGAACCCAGUGUAGAAAUGGCGAACCAAGAAGAUCGAGAUUUAGACCAAGUUGUUGUUGAUGCAUCUGCAUGGGUCAUGACAGAAUGCCGAGAGUUUGUGAAAAGGACGUUCACCUUUCUUCCUGCCAAGGAGCUCAAUACUUGUGCCAGAGUUUGUAAGGUGUGGCAGAGAGAAGCCCAUCGGAUCCUGUCUAGGAGGCAAGAUCUUAACUGGGUCUCUGAAUUGAAAUCAUGUCACACUACCAAUGAAAAGACCACACAUCCUUUGGGAUUCUUUGGCCAUUACUUCCAGAAAACUACACAGUCCAUUGGCCCCAUCCCAAAGUUUGCCCUGAUGUUUACAGAGUACUCUAAGGGUUUGGACUACAGGAGCAUUCCCGGGCAGAAGAAGAAGAAAUCUGAAGACAAUGGACCCCAGAAAUCACAGGAGGUUGUAGAUUAUUUUAAGUCCCUCCUGCCUCAGGAUUGUGUGUUGCUGAGCCUGAUGACUCCAGGUAUUGUUGUACCAAAGGACAGUUUGAGCACAAAGCCCGGUAUGGAGAGCGAGGGUGAAGGUGGGGCGACCUGCGCCCUCUUCCCAAACAUCCCCGGUGUCCGGAUCAACCUCCUUCCCAUCUCACCCAAGCUCCUGCAGGGAGGAUACAAAGAGGAGCUAUGGCAGCGGUGGCUGGAAGCAGGCAUCUCUCCUAACGAUACCCAGUGUGUUCUGCUCUUUGGGUGGGGGUUCAUCUCAGGAGUGCAGCAGGCAGCCGCAGAGCUCCAGAGGCUGUUCCAGGAAAAGGCCAGAAAGAACCCGGUCAUUGCUGGAGGAAUUGUCAACAGAUUGCUGAGUAAAGGACUCUGCUCCAAAUCUGAGGAAUCAUCUGGGGUGAUAGGAGUAACGUUCUCAGGACCCAAUGUGAAGGCCAUUUCAGUGAUCCUCAACGAACAGGUCAGGACACGGAGUGAAGCAAAGACUGCCAUCGCGAGGCUGAAAGAAGCCAACCUUCCCGUCCGACCAAAGUUCAGUCUUGGCUUCAUGUUUGCUUGUGCAGGGCGGGGACAACACUUCUAUGAAGAGGACAAUGUGGAGAGCGAAGAGUUCCACAAGCUCUUCCCGGACACGCCUUUGUUCGGGUUCUUCGGAGGUGGGGAGAUAGGCUGCUACAACUUGACAGCCGGGAGAGACAUUGAGGGCUUGUUGCUAUCGAACACUGCUCAUGCAUACACCACGAUUAUGUGCCUUCUGACCUUUGACCCGAGUUAGGACAUCAUGUGAUUUGAUCAUGUGAGUAAACUCUGUAAACUUGAAAAGACUGACAAUGUUUUCCUUUCACACUGUAUGUGUGAUGAUGAGAGAUGUGAACCAAGCAAAUCAUCUUCAUUGUGUAUCAUCAUCAAGUUAGAUUGCAGAUCUGUCAUGGUCAUGAGUGAUGGACUACAGAAAAGAUUGGUAUGUGCUCCUUGAAAGUUUUCUAUUCCUCGAAUGAACGACCAGACUCUGAUACUACUAUACAACUACAUUUGUCUGAUUACAUGUGGGCCUGCAUAUUCCAAAGAACCUGCGUAGGAAACCUGAAUCAGUUUAGGUUGACAAAGUGUUACGAUAUACGAUAUCCGAUAUAUCCGGUAUCCGUCGUAGUUCAAUAAACAUGUUCACCAUCAUCACAAACCUGACUGCCGACUCGUCUAUUAUCAUGAGUAUCUACCAAAUCUAAGACCCUCGAACUCAUCAUGGUGGCAGCUGCUGGGAUCUUCGAAAUCAGUUUCGAUUUUUGAAGACACAAUUGAUCCAGUUCACGACAGUUGGGAAGUAUAAUUAGCAAAAUUAUCGUUGAUUAGCGAUUUGUCACGUCGCACAUUUUCGUAUGCAUAGUACGUGCACCGUACAUACAGCACAGUGUACCGAGACACUGAUGCUACUGCAUAAUCCUGAUGAACUCGUACGUGAAUGGUGAUGUGUGUAUGAGCAUAUAAAGGUUCAUAAAGCCUGCUCAGAAUAGCCUAAUCAAGUUAUAACUGUGCUCAAUCACUGACACAGGGGUCUGCAUAAUAACUAAACUAAAGUUUAAAUCUAAAAUUAAACUAAAUCAGAAGUGUGAACAACAUUAAAGCUGUUUUCAGAUAAUAUUAACAAUAAUAUCUGGUGUGUGAGGAACUGUCACUGUCAGACAUUGAGUGAGAGUGAUCAACAUUUUCAUUGCAUGAGACACCUAAUGACAUUCACAGAGGUGCGAGAGUGUACACAGGUAUACGUAAUCUGGUAUUUUACGUAAAUACCGUCCAUAUUUAUGCAAAAUUUCAAAAGUAUGAAAUAUAUGCUGUAGGUUAUGGAGAUUAAUGGUCAUUUCUUUAUUUAUCUACAUUGAAACAUGCAUAGUCGAGUAGUUGUACAUAUACGUUUAUGUAACCUAUUAUAGUUGUACGAAUAUAACAGGCAUGAAAUAAAGCAUUGUUAUUUUGGUAAACACAAACUACAAUCAACAAAAAUAUGAAGAGCAAAAUGGGUAUGCAAAGGAAAUGUGAAAAAGCUGAGGAAUGCUAGAAGUUCUACUUGUUUACCCAUGACUAAACAUUGUAAAGAUUUAUCUUUCCUUACUAGGGGCCAUGCUAUGCACACACUGUAAACUUUACAAAGUCAUUGAGGACGGAAGCUCAGCACAAGACCUGUGUUGUUGUUUGCUGAACAGAGUCCGUAGAUCUUGUUAAACCAAUAUUUUAUUUGAUACUGAAAAACAGAUAGCUAUCUGCAGGGUCAUCAUAAGGAUUAUUUCUAUGAAUGAGUGAGAACCAGUUGUUAUUGUUAUUGUGAGAUAAUGUAAUAAGCCAGUUCGUAAACACAAUCUGCGCAUGGACAUACAAAGUCAAAGGUUGUUUCAAUUGAAAAACCUAACAAGAAGUAUGAUGAAUACCUGUUCAUGAAAGCUAUGUAAUCAUUACGGUAUUCAUUUAUGCAACAACAGUACAUUCUAUGAAAGUAUUCUUCUCAAGAGGGAAAACAAAAGGAAUUCAAGAAGCACCCAUGACUUUGGCAGUGAUUAUUCUAAAACGCACAAAGUGGGACGUCUCCAUGUUUAAAAGAUCUGUGGAUAUUCAGGGUCAUUUGAACCAUGUGCUAAGUACAACCUAGUGUAUAGACUUGAUCAUCAACAAACAUAUAUUUCCAUUCAUUGAAGGUGAAAUUUCUUAUCUCAUCAGGAAACAAAGGUGAUAAGGAACAUACAGGUACAUGUACAUGACGAAUUUAGGUCAGUAGGCCUGAUACAGGUAGUUGACUUAAUUACUUUCGUUACCCAUGUACAUUUCUUUUAAUUUUAUGCCUUGUUUGUCGAGAAGUAGUCUGUAAUUACAGACUAUAUUCUGACACUUAUACACAAUUCCAUGAAGCCUUAAGCCUAGUCUUAACUUAUUUCAAACAAUUGGUUGUGUUGUCAGGAGCUACAUUACAGGGUCUAUGGAGUGCAGCCUGGUUAGUCGUACAAACAAGACCCUCUGUUAUGCAUUACAAAGGGUCUGUAAUGGCAAGCCAGUCCAAAAUGCUAGUCAAAGGAAUGAUGACUCGUAUGUGUUUUAUGGCAGCAUAUACACAUUCUAGUGAUAUGGUACACUACUGAGGGGAGAAUGUAUAAAGUUAACAAUAGAAAGGGAUAUGUUGGCGAUAACAUACUUUUUAAACUCCAUUUAUUUAUUGAAAAGUGAAUGAGAAUAAAAAACUGUCUAGUGUUUAUGUAUCAUAUUUCUGAAUUCAACAGAUUGAAUACCAAAGCAGUGAUCAAUUUGAAUCAUACUCAUAUUUUAUUUAAUGAAAAUUCUACCAUCCCAAGCAGUUUUUUAAAAAGUCCUUGGGGUGUUUCGUAAAUAUAAAAUAUAAGAAAAAUAGUACAGGUCAUCACAAUUAUGGCAUUAUUCACCAAUCUGAGAACUCAUCUCAAGAGUGGUAAAUUUAUUUAACCUUUUAUACUCCCAUUUUUUAAAGAAGAAUAUUUUGUUUUAGGGUGCUAUACUGUACUUACUGUGUUAUUUUGUAUUCUGUUCCGUGCCAGGCUGAAAGGAUACAUCAUUUCAAGUGUAUGUUGAAAAAAUAUAAUGUAUAUAUAAACAUGUGCUCAGAGAAUAUGUUUUUAAUUGAAAGGGGGAUGAAGACUAAGUGUCUCAUUGUUAUGUUUGAAUCCUAUAUUAAUGUAAACAGAUGUUUAUAAAGAAUGAUUUUUGUUGUUGUUGAAAGAAACAAAGAAUUAAUUUGUUGUGGGAUAUUUGCAAUAUAUUAGAAUUUUGUACAGAGUAUGCACUAUGGUUUUUUAUAUUUUAUUUUGUUCAUGUUGUAUGCACUAUGGUUACUAUAUGGUGUACAUGUUUCUUGAUUUCUAACAAGAACAAAGUCUUAUCGGUGGGGACAUGUGAAUUAUUAAUAAAUCUUGUACAUGGAGAUUUUUUUCAAAGAUCUCUUUGUUCACUCGGUUUGUAUUUCAUUUAAUGCAUGCACAUAUUGAUUAUUCAGUUUUGUAGUGAAGUGUAAAUUUUAUCAAGAGUCAUCCAUCCACCUACAGUGUACAUGUAUGAUCAUAAUCGCAAAGACUUCCGUGUGUUCCCAAAUGGAUUUCAUCAGUUAUUUUGCUAUACAAAUAAAAGUGAUUCAGAUGAAUUUCUAUUCUCUGCAUUUAACUAGGGUAAA